UAACCAAGACGAAGGCCAGCUGAGUGGACAAAGGCUGUCAGUGAUAUUUGUGCUAUCGGCGCGGGCACUCGUUUCCGCCAUGUUGCUCGCCUUCCUCGCGAUCGCGUGCGUGUGCGCCGCGGCCGACAACUACACCGACCUCAAACUUAACACCACCAUCGACCAAAGACUCCUCCACAGACUCUCCAACUUCUUUGAUACCAACCGGACUUUAGACAGACGCGACCUCGCUCUUCUUAAUAGAACUGCGCAAACUUUAGGAAUAGAAAAAGAAGUAGUUGAACAAAUAAGUGAUUUGAUUAAAAAUAAUGGCACGGUAGAGUCUGGGAUUUUGAGCAGACUGUCAGAAGAAGCUAAGAGCAAUCACAAAUCCUAUAGGGAAGAAGUAGGAAAGGAUAAGUUGGUGCCGAUCGAUGAGUCUCCUGAUUAUGCUUCGUCUGUGGUGUUGGCCAGUGACCUGCUGUCUCUGACGAGCGCCGUGGCCAGCGUGCAGGAGAAGGUCUGCAGAGAGCAGGGUUACCGGUUUCUGGAUGGUCUGCUCUUGAACAAAAGAUGGGCUUUACGAAUGUUCGACGCGUCGGCAAAGUCCCCUCAAGGCCUGCUGUUCGGCUCGUCCUACCACCUCGGCAACUUUGACGAGUGUGUCGCCAUCGACGAUUCCACGGAUGGCGGGAUCACUGUCGAGGGGCAAUACUGUUUGGCAACCAUCAAGUGGCCGAAGAAGCACAAAGCGAAAAAGGUUCGAACCGGCCGUGGAGAGACCCUCCGCUGGGCGGUGUGCGUGCCCAGCGCCUGCAGCGCCAAAGCUGUUAAUAGUUUCGUGUCCAGCGUCCUUUCUCAUACAGUCGGAAAUAGGACCACUGUUCAAGUCAACGAGAGAGACUGCUACUCUCGAAAACCGUUGACCGUCACGUCUUUGGACGUCGGCUUUUUGGCAGUGAUCCUAUUCUUCGCAGCCAUCUUGCUCUUCAGCACAAUCUACGAGUUCUACAAGAUCAAAUGGGGUGUCAACAAGACGUCGGUAGUCCACAAUUUGGUCAUCUCCUUCUCCGUCAUCCACAAUGUGAAGAAGCUGAUAUCAUGCAAGCAGAACCACACGCUGGGCUUGGAAUGCGUGACGGGCAUCAAGACUCUGGCCAUGGUGUUCAUCAUCGCUGGACAUGCGUGUUUGUUUAUCGCCAGUGGACCUGUGAUGGAUGCUGAGGCAUGGGACCGGUUGGUUCGUCAUCCGGCGAACGCGUUCAUGUUAAACAAUUCCCUGCUGGUGGAUACUUUCCUGUUCCUGAGUGCAUUCCUGUUCUGCCGGCUCCUGCUGAUCGAGCUGGACAAGAGGAAGGGCAGACUCAACGUCAUACCGAUAUUGGUCUUCCGGUACAUCAGAGUAACUCCCGCGUAUAUGGUGGUGAUCCUGUUCUACAUGACGUGGCUGCCGAAGAUCGGAGAGGGUCCUCUAUGGCAAGACAGGAUGCAACUGGAACAGGAGCGAUGCAUGACGUCCUGGUGGGCGAACAUUCUAUAUAUCAACAACUAUGUCAACACUGAUCAUCUGUGCAUGUUCCAAUCGUGGUACCUCUCCGUGGACACCCAGCUAUUCUUCGUGGCACCUAUCUUCAUCUUCAGCCUGUGGCGCUGGCGCCGCGUUGGGCCCAUCUUCCUCUCCAUCAGCAUUAUUGUUUCCGUCAUCAUUCCUGCUGUUAUCACGUAUAAGGACAAUCUGGAUCCCACCUUGUUGUUCUAUGCCAAAGAAUUUACUGACAUCGUAUCUAACUUCUACUUCAAGACGGAAUAUGUCAAGACCCACAUGAAACUGACUACGUACUUCAUGGGUUUACUUACUGGUUAUAUAUUGCACAGGAUACAGGAAAAAGAUUACAAAUUCUCUCGCAUCUUCAAAGUGUUCGCAUGGACGACAAGCAUUAUCCUCGGGACGGUGACCACGUUCAGCGUGUCAUUGUUCUAUCAGGACUGGUACGAGUACAACAACAUCGAGGCUGCGGCGUACAUCUCCUUGCAUAAGGUCGCGUGGGGCAUCGCCAACGGGUGGCUGGUCACUGCCUGCGCUACUGGCAACGGAGGUUAUCUCGGCAAGUUGCUGUCAUGGAAGUUCCUCGUACCGCUCUCUCGGCUCACUUUCUGUGCUUACCUCGUCAAUGGAGUCGUCGAGUUGUACUAUGUAGGGCAGCUGAGGCAUCCACUACAUAUAACAUUCUUCACUGUGGUGGCUAAUGCCAUAUCCCACAUAAUACUGACGUUCUUUUUGGCUACGCUUCUUUGCCUGAGCUUCGAGUCGCCCAUUCAUGGAAUUGAGAAAAUUCUUCUCAGAAUGUUUGCUCGGCCAGUUUUAAGUGAUAACGCUAUGAGAAACCAACAGGACCAGAUAUCGAGAAACACUAGUCAAAGCAAAUUAGAAACGUAGCAUUAGUUAAUGUAUAUAUUAAUUAAAUUAAUAAUCGAAUGACUGAACGGAAUGUAGCGCCCGGGAAAAAACUGCAAGCAAAGUGUCAGAACAUUGUAAG